CAACAUGGCUCCUUAACCUUAACGCGGUAAACUGUUGUCCGAUGCAUCCACGCGCUGUGUAGUGCCGCGGUUAUAAAGGGAAGAGACUGGUUCUCCGCCUGACAUGAUAUCGCCGCCGUUUAUCUACAGAUAUGCUUGGACAGCGACAACGUGCUGCAGAUUCUCGAGGCAGCCGACUACCUGAUGAUGGACGAGGCGCGGGACAGGUGCCUGCAAUACCUAAUCAGGGAGACGCGCCAGGACAACUGCCUCGGCUUUGCCGCGCUGGCGAAACACCACUACGCGCCUUUCUUCAAGGAGGCGCUGUUGAAAUUCAUACGGGAGCACUUCGAUGAGGUUUGGCGCCACAGCGACGAGUUCCUGCACACCAGGCCCGAGCUCCUCUGCGAGGUGCUCUCUUCGGACGAGCUGAACGUGCGGAAUGAGGCGGACCUGCUACGCGCGCUCGACCGGUGGACUUCGUCAGCCACGGACGAAGACCUGACCGCGCUGCCUGCGCUUCUUCAGUGCGUCCGUGUCGGUCUCUGCAGUCAAUCGUGA